AUGGCGGUCAGGCAGCGGUCUGAGUUCCGGCGACCUGGGACCGAUGGGUCUGUGAAGAGCCCGAGGCAAGGUGAACCGCACCUGGUCACCUCGACCUUCGCUCUGUCGGGGGACUCGGCGCACAACCAGGCAAUGGUGCUUUGGUCAGGACAUAAUAGCAGCGUGAUCCUCAUCUUGACUAAACUCUUUGACUUUAACCUGGGAACAGUCACGGAAAGUUCUCUCUGGAGAUCAGUGGACUUUGGGACCACAUAUGAGAAAAUCAGUGAUAAAGUAGGAAGCAGAACCAUGCUCAGCUAUCUCUACGUCUGCCCAACCAACAAAAGAAAGAUUCUGAUCCUGAGUGAUCCUGAGGUUGAAAGUAGCAUAUUGAUAAGUUCAGACGAAGGGGCAAGCUUUCAGAAAUUCUCCAUUAACUUCUAUAUACUGAGUCUGCUGUUUCAUCCCACACAGGAGAACUGGCUCCUGGCCUACAGCCAUGACCACAAGUUAUACAGCUCAAUGGAUUUUGGGAGAAACUGGAAUCUGGUUCAUGAGCUUGUGACUCCAAAUCGAUUCUACUGGGCGAUGAGUGGUCUGGAUAAAGAGGCAGACCUUGUGCACAUUGAAGCUCAGACUGCUAAUGGAUAUGUUGAGUAUGUAACCUGUCGAGCUCAGAGGUGUUCAGAGGUUAACAGACAGUACCCCUUCAACGGACGCAUCGACACCAACUCACUGGUGGUGCAGGAUGAAUAUGUGUUUGUCCAGGUUACCACCGCAGGACGAGCAAAAUACUUUGUGUCCUAUCAGAGAGAGCCUUUCAAACGCAUUCAGCUGCCCAAGUACUGCCUGCCUAAAGACAUGCACAUCAUCAGCACCGACGAGAAGCAGGUCUUCGCUGCCGUUCAGGAGUGGAACGAAAACGACACCUACAGCCUGUACAUUUCAGACAGGCGCGGUGUGUACUUCACCCGCUCUCUGCCCAAUCUUCGCACUACUCGGGGACCUGCCGGAAACCUCAUCGUGGAUGUCUACAAGGUGUCAGGAAUAAAUGGGAUGUUUAUAGCCAACAAAAAGGAAGACAACCAGUUUAAAACGUACAUCACCUACAAUAAAGGCCAGACAUGGAAUCUCUUACAGGCACCUACAAAAGACCUUGCAGGAGAUGACAUCAGCUGCAGUCUGCCACUAUGUUCUCUUCAUUUGCACCUACAAAUGUCUGAGAAUCCUUACACACCUGAUAGCAUUUCCACUAAAGACUCUGCUCCAGGAGUUAUAGUGGCUACUGGCAAUGUUGGCCCUGAACUCUCGUACAGCAAUAUUGGCAUGUACAUAUCUUCUGAUGCUGGAAACACCUGGAGACAGAUUUUUGAGGAGGAGCAUAACGUGUGGUUUCUGGACCAUGGUGGAGCUUUAUUGGCUGUCAUGCAGGCCUCAGUGCCCAUCCAACAUUUAUGGAUUAGCUUGGAUGAGGGGCGGAGUUGGGAUCGCCACAGUUUUUCCUCUAGUCCUCUGUUUGUGGAUGGUGUCCUUAUGGAGCAGGAUACUGAGAAUCACAUUAUAACGUUUUUUGGCCACUUCAGUUAUCGGUCUGACUGGCAGCUGAUCAAAAUUGACUACAGAUCCCUCUUCAGCAAGAGAUGCACUGAUGGUGACUAUCAGACAUGGCAUCUACACAACAAGGGUGAGGCAUGUGUUAUGGGGGAGAGACAGAUCUUUAUGAAACGAAGACCAGGAAACCGAUGUGUGCUUGGUCAGGAAUACCCCAGGGUUAUAUCUGCGGACCCUUGCCUUUGCACUGUCUAUGACUUUGAGUGUGAUUAUGGCUUUGAGCGCCAAGCAAAUGGAAAGUGCUCACCUGCGUUUUGGUACAACGCCAACAUUUCAUCACAAGGGUGCGCCCAUGGCCAAAGCUACCUCAACAGCACAGGGUACAGGAAAGUUUUGUCCAAUAAUUGUAAGGAGGGACUGAAGGAGGUGUUCAGUCCCAAAAUACAUCAGUGUCCUCCCAAAGCCCCCAGUGGUCUCCAGCUGAGCACCGGUAAUGGAGAGUAUAGUGCCAAACUGGGCACGAAUGUCACCUUCAAUGUGUAUCUUCAAGAUGGGGACUCAAUGAAGACAAGUAUCCAACUGGAUUUUGGGGACGGGAUCUCAGUAUCAUUUUCAAACUUGAGUCGCCUUGGCGAUGGGAUCAAACAUGUUUACAAAACUCCUGGGAUAUUCAGAGUCACUGCACAUGCUCAGAACAACCUUGGUUCUGACAGCAGCACCCUCUUCUUACAUAUUAUUAGUCCUAUCGAACGCAUUUCUCUGUCUGCUCCUGUUGUGGCCAUUAAAGGAAAGGAGACGAACCUCACGGCUGUAGUGUGGCCCAGCCAACCCAGAACAGCUGCCUUCUACUGGUGGUUCAACAACAGUAGUGAGCCGCUGAUCACUCUCGAUGGGAGAAUUUCAUACACUUUCCGGCAUGAGGAGCAGACCAUUGUCACUGUACAGGUAUCCUCUGGGGAUGCUGUGCUUCAGGACUCCAAAGUCAUCACUGUUAAAGAGUUUUUUCGCUCGUUACUGCUGUCUUUUUCUCCAAACCUGGAGGAACACAACCCUGCAGUUUCUGAGUGGAGACAGGACGUGGGGCGAGUUGUCAAGGCAACACUCUCGCAGGUGUGUGGGUUCCCAGAGGACCAGCUUCUGGUGUCUAUAUUUCCUGGAUCUCCCACCACAGCUGAGCUAUUCAUUGUGCCUGAGACAAACCACUCUGAGCUCAGAGUUCAUACUGAUGACCAGCUAGAUAAAAUGUCAGAAGUGUUUGUGAACGCCUUGAAUCAAAACCUGAUCCAGUUUGACUUGAAGCCGGACACUCGAGUAACGGUUUAUGUCACUCAGCUAACUCUGGCUCCCUUGGUUCACUCAAGCCCUCUCCCCAGUGGGUCUGCCAUGCUGAUGCUCGUAUCUCUAGCCUUUGUUGGGAUAGCAGUUUUCUUCAUCUAUAAGUUCAAAAGAAAAAUCCCCUGGAUUCACGUGAGCACCGAGGACAGCCAAGAGAAAGAGCCAGAAAUGAUCAGUGCUGUCGGACAGGGUGAAACAAACACCCACACAGCAAAUACACAGUUCCAUUCAUGUCAAGUAACACACACCACCUUCAGUCAGCUUCCUCCUCCCAGAGAAUUGAUGGAGAAGGAGCUGGAGGCCAGGAAUGGAGGAACCAUUAUGGUUGGCGAGAGACUGAGGAACAGAGAGAUUCCAAACUGUACCAAUGUCUGA